AUGGCGUCCUCUGUGCUUCGCCCCCUGGCUACCGAGCUGUACUUGUCGCCAUCUGCCGCUUCUUCUUCGCAAUUUAUGCGAUCCCGCAUUCGAUUCCAUGAUGUCAAGCCGUUGCUGAGCUUUCGCCGUCAAUGGCACGCCUCUACCGGCGUUUCACGGCAGACGGCGCUCGCCGCUGCGGCCACCAAGUCUCUGGCGCUGGUUCGCUAUGACGCCCCGGUCACACGAGCUCACGUCCUACUGCCCAAGUCGUAUUCGACGGAAGCGACUGCUGCUGUGCCACCUACGACUCCCUACAGCCAGCUCACCGUGGGCGUGCCCAAAGAAACGUACCCCGGAGAGCGCCGAGUCGCAUUGACUCCGGCUAAUGUGGCCCUCCUCCUGAAGAAGGGAUUCUCAAAGGUUCUGGUUGAGCGUGGAGCUGGUGCUUCGGCUGAUUUCCUGGAUGAUGCAUAUGAAAAAGCUGGCGCCACUCUCGUCGACUCCCCAAAUGGCAUCUGGUCUGCUGCCGAUAUCGUCCUCAAGGUUCGCGGUGUCUCCGACUCAGAGAUUGGUGCCAUCAAGGAGGAUCAAACAAUCAUCUCCUUCCUCCAAGCCGGCCAAAACAAGGAUCUCAUCAACAAGAUUGCUGCCAAGAAGGCGACGUACUUUGCAAUGGAAAUGGUCCCCCGUAUCUCUCGUGCUCAGGUCUUUGACGCCCUCAGCAGCAUGGCCAAUAUUGCUGGUUACAAGGCUGUCCUGGAAGCAUCCAACGUCUUUGGUAGAUUCCUCACUGGCCAAGUCACGGCUGCCGGCAAAAUUCCUCCGUGUAAAGUCCUCGUCAUUGGAGCUGGUGUAGCCGGUCUUAGCGCAAUUGCAACUGCUCGUCGCAUGGGAGCUAUUGUCCGCGGGUUCGAUACUCGCCCAGCCGUCAGAGAGCAAAUCGAGUCGCUGGGUGCCGAAUUCAUCGAAGUUGACAUGCAAGAGGACGGCUCUGGCGCCGGAGGCUAUGCCAAGGAGAUGAGCAAGGAAUUCAUCGAGGCUGAAAUGAGGCUCUUUAAAGAACAAGCCAGGGAAGUCGACAUCAUCAUCACCACGGCCCUGAUCCCGGGGCGACCCGCACCCAAGUUGAUCACGCUGGACAUGCUCCAGGUGAUGAAGCCCGGAAGCGUCAUUGUAGAUCUCGCUGCUGAGGCUGGUGGCAACUGUGAGGCUACCAAGGCCGGCGAGAUGAUUACCUACAACGAUGUCAAAGUCAUUGGAUAUACCGACCUCCCAUCUCGUCUGCCCACCCAAUCGUCUACUCUCUACUCGAACAACAUCACCAAGCUCUUGCUGUCAAUGGCCCCGAAAGAGAAGGAAUUCGGAAUUGACUUGUCUGACGAGGUUGUCAGAGGCGCCAUUGUGAUGCAGAAAGGAGAGAUCCUCCCCCCUGCUCCUCGCCCGGCUCCUCCUCCAGCACCGGCCAAGCCUGCCGCCGCAGUCGUAGUUGAACCCGUAGAACUCACCCCCUGGCAGAAGAAGACUCGAGAAGUGGCUGCCGUGACUGCCGGCAUGACGGGAGCCCUGGCUCUUGGAAAGUUUACCGGACCUCUCUUCAUGUCCAAUGCCUUUACAUUCACCCUCGCUAGUCUGAUCGGUUACCGUGUUGUCUGGGGCGUAGCGCCCGCGCUGCACUCCCCCCUGAUGAGCGUCACGAAUGCGAUUUCUGGCAUGGUCGGUGUCGGCGGCCUGUUCAUCCUUGGUGGAGGCUACUUGCCCGAAACGAUCCCCCAGACUCUGGGAGCCCUGAGCGUGUUGCUGGCCUUUGUCAAUGUCGGCGGUGGUUUCGUCAUCACCAAACGAAUGCUCGACAUGUUCAAGCGAAGCACGGAUCCUCCUGAAUACCCCUGGCUGUACGCGAUUCCGGCUACACUGUUCGGCGGAGGCUUCAUUGCCGCGGCGUCGACCGGGGCCGCUGGUCUCGUACAGGCUGGUUAUCUCAUCAGCUCUGUUCUCUGUAUCGGAUCACUUUCGGGUUUGGCUUCUCAAGCGACUGCUCGGAUGGGCAACAUGCUCGGCAUUCUCGGUGUCGGCUCCGGCGUGUUGGCUAGUUUGGCUGCCGUGGGAUUCUCUCCGGAAGUGUUGACGCAGUUUACUGGACUUGCUGCUUUUGGAGCCAUUGCAGGCAUGCUUAUUGGAAGAAGAAUCACGCCCACUGAUCUGCCCCAGACUGUCGCCGCCUUGCACUCCGUCGUUGGUCUGGCUGCCGUGUUGACCAGCAUCGGCAGUGUCAUGGCUGACGUUUCCGAUCUGUCGACACUGCACAUGGUGACUGCUUACCUUGGUGUUUUGAUUGGCGGUGUCACCUUUACUGGAUCUAUUGUUGCGUUCCUCAAGCUGGCUGGUCGCAUGGGCUCUCGCCCAAAGAUCCUCCCGGGUCGACACCUCAUCAACUCUGGCUUGUUGGCGACCAAUGCUGCAACCUUCGGCGCUUUUCUUACCAUGGCUCCCGGUGCUCCCGCGAUUGCCGCCGGGGCGCUGGCAGCCAACACGGCGCUGAGCUUCAUCAAGGGAUAUACAACGACCGCCGCUAUUGGGGGCGCUGAUAUGCCCGUUGUCAUCACCGUGCUGAAUGCCUACAGCGGCUUCGCCUUGGUGGCAGAAGGAUUUAUGCUGGACAACCCUCUCUUGACCUCUGUGGGGGCUCUGAUAGGGGUGUCUGGUUCCAUUCUAUCGUACAUCAUGUGCGUCGCCAUGAAUCGGUCCCUGACAAAUGUCCUAUUCGGAGGCUUAGCGGCACCGUCGAAAGCACUGGAGUAUAAGCCGGAAGGCCAGGUAACUGAAACGUCUGUAGAGGACGUCGCAGAUCAGCUGGUCAAUGCCGAGUCCGUCAUCAUCGUUGUUGGAUACGGAAUGGCGGUUGCAAAGGCGCAGUACGCACUCUCGAGCAUUGUCCAAUCGCUUCGGUCCAAGGGUAUCACCGUCCGGUUUGCCAUCCACCCCGUUGCCGGGCGCAUGCCAGGACAGUGUAAUGUGCUACUCGCGGAAGCGAGCGUCCCGUAUGAUAUCGUCCUGGAAAUGGAUGAGAUCAAUGACGACUUCCCGGAGACUGACUUGGUACUGGUUAUUGGUGCCAAUGACACGGUCAACCCGAUUGCUAUGGAAAAGGGCAGCUCGAUUGAGGGAAUGCCCGUUUUGCACGCCUGGAAAGCUAAGCAAGUUGUCGUGAUGAAGAGGAGCUUGGCGAGUGGUUAUGCUGAUGUGCCGAACCCAAUGUUUUACAUGCCGAACACCAAGAUGUUGUUUGGCGAUGCAAAGGUUUCUUGUGACGCAAUCAAGUCAGCUGUAGAAGGAAAGUUGCAGUCGUAA